CUGUCAUUGCAAACGUUAGUGCUUACGUAUUAAUAAAGGCCUGUCUUGACUAUCAAAAAGAAUUUUAUUUUUUUUUGGAAAGGCUGCUAUUCUUCACUAUAGAGCCUCGCAAACGCCCAAAUCAAAUCCCAAAUUCGUUGCUUUUCAUUUAUCGAGGAAAACUCACUUCAGUCUUGGAUUUAGAGUUUCUGUUUUUAACAUAGUUAGUUGAAGCAAGCAAUCAUGGCAAGGAAGAUGUUGGUUGAUGGAGAAUUAAACCAAACGAAUAAAGAGGGAGCUGAAUAUGAUUUCGACUUGUUUGUCAUCGGUGCUGGAAGCGGUGGUGUUCGCGCUGCCAGGUUCUCCGCUAACUAUGGAGCAAAGGUUGGGAUUUGUGAGCUCCCAUUUCAUCCAAUCAGCUCAGAAGUCAUUGGAGGGGUUGGUGGAACGUGUGUUAUUCGUGGUUGUGUUCCCAAAAAGAUUUUGGUCUAUGGAGCCACGUUUGGAGGUGAAAUUGAGGAUGCUCGAAAUUAUGGAUGGGAGGUGAAUGAGAAACUUGAUUUCAAUUGGAAAAAGCUUCUACAGAAAAAGACUGAUGAAAUAAACAGGCUAAAUGGAAUUUACAAACGGUUAUUGUCUAAUGCUAGCGUUAAAUUGUUGGAAGGGGAGGGAAAGAUUGUAGGCCCGAAUAAAGUUGAGGUGACACAACCAGAUGGCACUAAAUUAUCCUAUUCAGCAAAGCAUAUACUGAUUGCAACUGGCAGCAGGGCACAUCGUCCUCCCAUUCCUGGGCAGGAGUUGGCCAUAACUUCUGAUGAAGCAUUGAGUUUGGAUGACUUACCUAAGCAUGCUGUUGUAUUUGGAGGAGGGUACAUUGCUGUUGAGUUUGCAUCAAUAUGGCGAGGCUUGGGUGCUACUGUGGAUCUCUUUUACCGAAAGGAACUUCCUUUGAGAGGAUUUGAUGAUGAAAUGAGGGCAGUGGUUGCAAGAAAUCUAGAAGGAAGGGGAAUAAAGUUGCACCCACAGACAAAUUUGACGGAGUUGGUUAAAACAGAUAAUGGCAUAAAAGUUAUUACAGAUCAUGGUGGUGAGUUGAUAGCAGAUGUUGUACUAUUUGCCACAGGCAGGUUACCAAAUACAAAAAGGUUGAAUUUGGAAGCUGUAGGUGUUGAAAUUGAUAAAACAGGAGCUGUGAAGGUGGAUGAGUACUCUCGCACUAAUAUUCCCAGUAUAUGGGCUGUUGGUGAUGUUACAAAUCGAAUGAACUUGACUCCAGUGGCCUUAAUGGAGGGAACUUGUUUUGCUAAAACUGUUUUUGGUGGCGAAUCUAGCAAACCAGACUACAGAAAUAUACCUUGUGCUGUGUUUAGCAUACCACCACUUUCAAUUGUUGGUCUCAGUGAAGAGGAGGCAAUUGAGCAAGUAAAUGGUGAUGUUCUGGUUUUCACAUCAACCUUCAACCCAAUGAAGAAUACUGUAUCCGGACGGCAAGAAAAGACGAUAAUGAAGUUAGUUGUUGACGCGGAAACUGAUAAAGUACUUGGGGCAUCUAUGUGUGGGCCAGAUGCACCUGAAAUUAUGCAGGGAAUUGCUGUUGCUCUAAAGUGUGGAGCGACUAAGGCACAAUUUGACAGCACCGUCGGCAUACAUCCUUCCGCUGCUGAGGAGUUUGUAACAAUGCGCUCUGUUUCACGGCGUGUUACUGCCCGGGGAAAAGCGAAGACAAAUCUGUAGUGGAUGUACAGCAAGGUAACUUUAGUGCUGGUAAACUGCAGUUGAAUGCAACAUUCACAUGGUCGUGUAUAUAUAUUUCACAGGAAAUGGUAUUAGAUGAUCGUUGAAUGCAACAUCAACCAUAAAGGACCUUCUAGCGUAUUUUGCAAUAUAAUGUCAUAAUGUGACAUGCCUUUUACGUGAUUUUAUAUAUUUAUUUUGUAUUUUAUUAAA